AUGGCAGCAACAUCUUCUUCAACUUCUGCUCCCAAAACCGCCUACGCUUUAUUCCUGCAUCGCGCCGAGUUGCAACGUAAACGCCUGCAGUUUGCGAGGGUUUCCCAAACGAAGAUUCAGUUAACCGGACAACUGAUUGAUAAGUUGAAGCAACGCAUGUCCAGCUGCAGCUACGAGGAUCUUCAGAUCCUGGUGAGGGAGACCAAGUUCAAGCAAUUACUGGAGCAGAGUCUACGACAUCGGCGCAAACAAAUCAAGGUCGUCGCCAAGAAGACACAGAAACUGAAGCGACUACAAAAAUGA